AUGACCCUGACAAGAAAAGGGGUGUCUCAUCUCUUCCAAUCCACCAACAAAAGUAUCCCUUCUCUCACUUCCUUCUCAGCCUCUCCUUCUCACUUCCCUCCCUCUUCCCCUCUCCACCACACCUUCUCUGCUUCAAUGAUGGAGGAGGACAUUGAAAAUGCUGCAUCCUUCAUCUCCAAGUGGGAUCUGGAUUCCUCAUCCAUCCAUAAGGUCACUCCCCUUUUCCAAAAUAACGAGGAUGAGGCCAGCAAGUUCCUGAAAUGCGUCAAGGACCUUCGCAGGGCCAUGCAUUUCUUACUAUCACAACAUUCCGACCCUGAGAAGCUCGCGAUUUGUCAGAAGCUUAUCCAGAUUGCUAUGAGAAGGCUGGAGAAAGAGUUUUACCAGAUCCUGUCAGCAAACUGGGAUCAUCUCAAUCCCGAGUCUGUUUCAGGUCAAUCGUCAUCAGAAGGGUCUUUGAGUAAUGUCGAAGACGAUCAGGCUGAGAUUCGAUGUGAAGAAGAUGAGUUCAUAACUCGUGACGAAUCAGUUCUUGUGAGGCAGCAGAGGAGACUUCCAGGAGUUGGUGGCAUAUCGGAUCUCAAGUCCAUAGCCGACUGUAUGAUAACUUGUGGUUAUACCAAAGAGUGUGUCAAGAUUUACCUACUCAUGAGGAAAUCCAUUGUGGAUGAAGGGCUGUACCGGCUAGGAGUGGUGCACUACAAGGCUUCCCAAAUCCAGAGGUUGAAUUCAGAAGCUCUGGAGAACAUGAUCAAGAACUGGCUGAAUGCUGUGAAUCGUGCAGUAAAAAACCUGUUUCUUGGAGAAAAAGUUUUGUGUGGCUAUGUGUUCUCAGAUUAUGAGAGGAUCAGAGAGUUGUGCUUCUCUGAGGUGGUUAAAGAAGCAGCAGCUAAUUUGUUCAGGUUUCCUGAACUCGCAGCCAAGAACAAGAACCUGAAAAAUGACAGAAUCUUCCCCCUGAUGGACAUCUAUGAAGCACUGGUUGAUCUGUGGCCAGAAAUAGAACCCAUUUUCAGUUUCGAAUCCAUCUCCUCUGUAAAACAGCAAGCUCAUUCGUCUCUAAUGAAGCUAGGCGAGUCAAUUCGCCAAACUCUAUCCGAGUUCGAAUCAGCAAUCCAAAAGGACUCGUCAAAAUCUCAAGUUCCUGGUGGAGGAAUUCAUCCCUUGAACACAUCAGCCAUGGAUUACUUAUCAUCACUGGCGGAUUACGGUAGCAUUCUUUCAGAUAUCGUUGCCGACUCUCUUCCAGAGAGCACCUCGAAGCUGCCAGAAUCUUACUACGAGAGUCCAACAACAACCUCAGUCGAUGCUCCCUCACCAGCGGUGUCAACCCGACUAGCUUGGCUCAUCCUAGUUCUCUUAUGCAAGCUUGACAGGAAAGCAGAACAGUACAAAGACGCGUCCCUUUCAUACCUGUUCCUAGCAAACAACAUGCAGUUCAUCAUCGAGAAGGUCUGCACAACUCGAUUAAGGGUCGUCCUAGGCGAGGAUUGGGUGUUCAACCAUGCCAAGAAGGCCCAGCAAUAUGCUACCAAAUACGAGACAAUGGCAUGGAAUAAGGUCUUCUCAUUCAUCCCAAGCAAGCCUUUCCCAGAAGAACAAUCACCAGAAGCUGCAGCAGAAUGUUUUCGGAAGUUCAAAGCAGCUUUCGAAGAAUCGCACAGGAAACAGAUGUCAUGGGUAGUACCGAACAGAAAAUUCAGGGAUGAAUUGAAGGUGUCAAUAGCCAAGAAACUCGUACCAGCAUAUCGAGAAUUUUAUGAUAACUAUGUGGUGGGAUCGGGAAUGCUGAGUGGAGAUAGUUUGGAGGUGUUGAUGGUGAAGUUUGGUCCAGAUGAUCUGGAGAAUUACCUCUCAGAUCUGUUCCAUGGUGGUUCUUCAUCUGGUAGUUCCUCAUCAAACUCAUCUCGAGGAUGUAUGCCACGAUGA